AUUCAUUCACUGACCUGCCUGUCCUACUCCCAAACCAUGAGGAACCACGAGUAGAAAAGUGGAUGGUCAGGUUGUUGCGCAGGGUCCAGGGUCUCAUCGCCUGUGGUCUCUAGCAAUCCUAUAAAUCCUGUCCUUCCGCGCUCUCUUUCCCCUCUCACUCACUCACUCACUCACUCACUCACUCAGUCAAGUAACACAACUUCCGCUUCCACGUUUCCAUAGAAUCGUUACCACCCCCUUCCUCUUCAUCCACUACCAUCCCCAACUCACAACCUCUCACAGAAGAAAUGUCUUCCCCUCCCGAGAUCCCCGAGACCCAAUGGGCCCAGGUCGUCGAAGAGAAAGGCCACCCGCCCGUCUACAAGCAGAUCCCCGUGGGCAAGCCCGGCCCGGACCAGAUCCUCGUCAAGAUCCGCUUCACGGGGGUCUGCCACACCGACCUGCACGCCAUGAAGGGCGACUGGCCGCUGCCCCUGAAGCAGCCGCUGGUGGGCGGCCACGAGGGCGCCGGCAUCGUCGUGGCCCGCGGCGACCUCGUCACCGAGUUCGAGAUCGGCGACCACGCCGGCAUCAAGUGGCUGAACGGCUCGUGCCUGGCCUGUGAGUUCUGCAAGCAGGCCGACGAGCCCCUCUGCCCGCACGCCGAGCUGUCCGGCUACACCGUCGACGGCACCUUCCAGCAGUACGCCCUGGCCAAGGCCAGCCACGCCUCCAAGCUGCCCAAGGAGGUGGCCCUGGACGCUGUGGCCCCGAUCCUCUGCGCCGGCAUCACGGUCUACAAGGGCCUGAAGGAGUCCGGCGUGCGGCCCGGCCAGACCGUUGCCAUUGUCGGGGCCGGCGGUGGCCUCGGCUCGCUGGCGUUGCAGUAUGCGAAGGCCAUGGGACUGCGCACCAUCGCGAUCGACGGCGGAGAGGAGAAAAAGGAGAUGUGCCACAAGCUGGGCUCGGAGGCGUACAUCGACUUCACCACCUCCAGCGACAUCGUCGCCGACGUCAAGGCCGCCACCCCGGAGGGUCUUGGAGCUCACGCCGUCAUCCUCCUGGCCGUGGCCGAGAAGCCCUUCCAGCAGGCGACCGAGUACGUGCGCUCGCGCGGCAGUGUCGUCGCCAUCGGCCUGCCCGGCAACGCCUUCCUGCGGGCCCCCGUCUUCAAUACCGUCGUCCGCAUGGUCAACAUCAAGGGCAGCUACGUCGGCAACCGCCAGGAUGGCGUCGAGGCCGUCGACUUCUUCGCCCGCGGGCUUAUCAACGCCCCCUUCAAGACGGCGCCAUUGAAGGACCUUCCAAAGAUCUUCGAGUUGAUGGGCAAGAUCGCUGGCCGCUAUGUCCUCGAAGUGCCCGAAUAAAUGCAUUUUCUCGAUACACGCCUUUCUCGCUGGACCGGGAUAGUAUCUGUUUUACGAAGGUGACGAUGAUGAGACAUCUUUUCCCUUAUCUUCUGUUUGUCUCUUAAUUUCUAAACCGUCCUCUCUUCCCAUUGCUAAAUACAUGGGUGUCAAUGGGGUGCCCUACGAUGUAAUGUACCACAGCGUUUGCCAAUCAAUUCUCCAAUCAAAUGAUUCUCUGGUCUCUUGA